AUGGAGCUGCAGGCAUUGUUAGUUCUGUGUGGUGUGGGUGUAGCAGGUGCAGCUGUACUUCUGCUCAUGAGCCUUUUCUCUGCCUCUGGUACAAGCUAUGAAGAAGCUAUUGCCCAACAACGCCGGGCUACAAGUGAAUUACUUGCACUAGCUGAUACUAAGAAUAAAUCUAAGAAGACCAAUAAGAAAGCUAAUAAGAAGUUAGCAAAGAAAGAAAGAAAAGAAAAUGCUUCAGCAGCCACUGAAAGUGAUCCCGAAAGUGAGGCCCCUGCAGAAAGUGGUGUAGAAGAUGACUCAGUUCCUGUCAAACCUCAUGUUGAGUUUAAUCCCUCAGUAGUUGUGGAACUACCUACAGACAAUCCACCUAAUAUUAAGAUUCGCAAACGCGGCAAAGAUCCUAAAAUAAAGCCGAUAUUAAUUAACAAAGAGGAUCCGAGCUGCGUUAGCGAUCUGAGUACGGCUGCAACCCCUGUCGCCGAGGUCUCUAACCACUUUGAGGAAAUGCAUCCUAAGGACGAAUUUGAGUUGUUGCAAGCCACACUCGAAAAACACGUGGAGAAGAAAGAAGAAGUGGUAGAGAAGAAGGAAAAUAAAAAUCAGAAGCAAGCCAAAGGUGGCAAGGCAUCACAAAAGCAGAGUGUCCCUGAGCCUGUUAAGGAGGAAGUACGUGAACAACGCAGUAUUGUUGAAGCGCCUCUAGAACAGCGCAAAGCAAAGAAAGCAGAAAAGAAAGUUGUAGAAGCAUUGACCGAGGAAGUGGUGCCGCCGCUGAACGCGCCGCAGCCGAGCGAGCUCACCACCGACAAGCUGCUGCGGCAGGUGCAGAGCGCGCCCGCGCCCGCGCCCUGGCCGCCCGCCAAGGGCAAGAAGAAGAAGCCCGAGCAGAACGUACUGUCACUUAUUGCUAGUGAGAGCGGUGGCGUGGCGGUGAGCGAGCUGGUGCGCGUCGUGCGCGAGGCGACGCUCUCCCGCACCGAGAUCCAGAUACUGACGGACGCGCUCCUCAACAAGCACCAUGACCAGCUUCCAGAGCACUCGGAGUGGACUGAGGGUCCCAAUGACCCCAUGCAAAAGCUUAAAAAGCAGCUCGCCGCUAAGGAAAAAGCGCUUGCCGAAGCUUUGGAAGCUUCUCAAGCAUCGCAAGCCUCAUUGAAAGAACUUAGGGCGAGCCUGAACGCGGAGCGCGAGCGCGCGGGCGGGCUGGCGCGCGCGGCGGAGGCGGCGGGCGGCGCGGCGGCGGCGGCGCGCGCCGAGCUGCACGCGCUGCAGGCGCGGCUGCAGCGCGUGCUCGACGACAACCACGCGCUCGCCAACGAAAAGCAUGUGCUACAAGCUAAAUUGAGCGAAGAAGGUGAAGCUCAAGCACAGCGCGUACAAAUGGAAAUGCAUAUUCAAAGGCUUUCAGAGUCGGAGGUGGCGCUGGUGGCGCAGCUGGGCGCGCUGCAGGCGGAGGCGGGGCAGGCGCGCUGCGACGCCGCGCUCGCGCAGCAGCACGGCGCCGAGCUCGCGCAGCAGCUGCAGGAGGCCAACCGGCUGUACGCGGAGCUGGAGCAGCAGCGCGCCUGCGCAGUGCACGCUGAGCAGCUCGCACAACAAGAACUGCGCUCGCUGCAGGCGCGUCUCGCCGGUCUCACUGAACUUCAAAAUGAGGUACAACGUUUGACGAACCGAGCGCAAGCCGCUGAAAGCAAUGCUGAGAAAAUUAAAGAUGAGAUGGAAAAAGAAAAACAAGACCUAUCAAAGGAGCUAGCGUCGCUUCGCGAGCUGCUGGGCGCGCGCGAGGCCGAGCUGGCGGAGAUCAAGCAGCUGAAGGCCGCGCCGGCGCAGAACGGCCUGCCGCCCACCAACAGCAGUGACGAACAAAAGGCAGCAGAGCUAGCAAAGGUGGAGAGUGCGGUGGAGGCGUUGCGCAGCGAGCUGGCGGCGGCGCAGCGCGACAGCGCCGAGCAGCGCGAGCAGCUCGCCGCGCUGCACGACCAGCUCAAGCACUACAAGGACAAGAAUAAUGAGUUGCGAACUAAAAACUGGAAAGUAAUGGAGGCGUUACAGACCGCGGAAAGAGCGCUCGCGACGAGAGCGGCGCCCGCGGGGCCGCCAGCCGAAGCAAUAGCAAAGGCGCAAGAGCAGCACUUCACAGAAGUAGCGAAUGUCCUCCGCAAGGUCUGUCCGUCCGCCGCUCCCGCCUCAGCCUCAGAAAACAACUGGCUUCAAACAUUCGCUGACAAUCUCAAAAAAGAGCUGGACAUGAAAGAAACAGAAAAAAAACAAAUUGAAAAAGAACUAUCAACGAAGUUAACGCAAAAAGAUAACGAAAGAAUUCAAUUAGAAAACGAUUUACAGAAUAAAAUAAAGGAAAAAGAAAUGGUAGCGAAAGAAAUAGAAAACAAAUUAAGGCAACAGAUACAAGAAAAAGAAUCGGCGAAAGCAAAACUCGAAAGUGAGUUACAAAAGAGAGUGAAAGAGGAAGCUAAUAUUAAGAAGCAAUUGGAGAGUGAGUUGCAGGCGAAACAAAUAGUGAGGGUUGUCAAAGAGAACGCGGAUGACUCGAGGGUGAAGGACUUAACAGCACAAAAUGAACACCUACAGGACCUCGUUGACAAAUAUAAGAGAAUAAUAAAUGAUACCGAGGGCGUGCUGUCGCGGCUGCAGCAGGACGUGUCGCGCGAGGAGGCGCGCUGGGCGCGGCAGCUGGCCGACAAGCAGCGCGAGCUCGACGCGCUGCAGACGCACACACUGCAGCAGAUGCAGAACAAAAUAGAUUCUCUUCAAGCAGAAUUACAAAAACUACAAACAAAAAAUCACAGCAACAGUUUUGCGGAUGCUGAAAGACUUACAGAGGAAAGGCUAAUGGCAGGUUUAAACGAUAAACACAAUGCCGAUAUACGCAACGGCCCGCUACAGGUCAGGUUGGAU